AUGCCUGCAGCCAAUGACACUACAGUGAGGGAAUUCAUUCUCCUGGGAUUCCCCAGCCGACCGUCGAUCCAGGUUGUCCUCUUCCUAGCAUUCGUCAUGGCACUGUACAGUAUGAUUCUACUAGGGAAUGUUGGGCUGAUGGUGUUGAUCAGGUCUAAUCCCCGCCUCCACACCCCCAUGUACUUCUUCCUCAGUAACUUGUCCUUUGUCGAUCUCUGCUAUUCAUCCGUGAUUGUCCCUAAGAUGUUGGCAAACUUCCUGUUGGAGAGCAAGGCCAUUUCGUACACCGGCUGUGGGCUGCAGUUUUAUUUCUUCUGCACCUUUGCUGAUACAGAGUCUUUCAUCUUGGCCACCAUGGCCUAUGACCGAUACGUGGCCAUCUGUAAUCCACUGCUCUAUACUGUCGUCAUGUCCCCCAGAGUCUGUGUCCUGCUAGUGGUUCUGUCCUACAUAGGGGGUACACUGAGUGCACUGGUACACACAUGCUUUGCCUUCAGGCUGUCCUUCUGUGGCCCGAACAUCAUCAAUCACUUCUUCUGUGACCUCCCUCUGCUCCUCAAGCUCUCGUGCUCCGACACCUCCCUCAAUGAGCUCCUGCUCUACACCUAUGGCAGCUCUGUGGAAAUCAUCUCUGUCAUCGUUAUUCUCAUCUCCUACAUUUUCAUCGUCAUCUCUGUCCUGAGGAUCCGCUCCGCGACAGCCAGACACAAAACCUUCUCCACCUGCGCCUCCCACCUGACGUCCGUCAUCAUCUACGAGGGGACUUUGCUGUUCAUCUACUCCCGCCCCAGCUCCUGGUAUUCACCCAAUUCAGACAAAUAUAUCUCUGUGUUCUACACCAUAAUGAUCCCAGUGCUAAACCCGCUGAUCUACAGUCUGAGGAACAAGGAUGUGAAAAAUGCUCUGAGAACAGCUAUAGACACCAAAGUCCUUGCUCAGCGAAUCUCUUGGUUAACCUGA